AGAGGGCAACGAGAAAAACGAAGGAGGAACGCGGGCGCGAGGCUCAAACUGGCAGGGCAACAACAGGAGCGUGACAACUCCAGGUAAAGGCUCCAUGUCGGCGCCGCAGGGAUUAAGUCCUCGCCUCUCCGGACUCUCGCCUCGCGCGCUUGGCCCUUCACCGAUCCGCUCUCCCGGCGGUGGGCCACUCGGUCCUCCCUCCGGUGCUCCUCCCCCGGGCUUUCCACCACCUCCCGGAAGUCCAUCGGCUGCUCCUCCUCCUCCUCCUCCAGAUGGGGGUGCUCCACCACCGGAAGGUGCACCUCCACCGGAAGGUGCACCUCCACCAGAGGGUGCGCCUCCUCCAGAGGGAGGUGCGCCGCCACCACCGGAGGGUGCGCCUCCUCCAGAGGGAGGUGCGCCACCGCCACCGGAGGGUGCGCCUCCUCCACCGGAAGGUGCGCCACCGCCUGAAGGUGCAGCACCGCCUCCGGAAGAAGCUGCACCACCACCAGAAGCUCCGCCACCUCCUCCAGAAGCUCCGCCACCUCCUCCAGAAGCUCCGCCACCUCCACCAGAAGCUCCACCUGCCCCACCUCCAGAAGCGCCGCCCGUGGCCAAACCACCGCCAAUGCAAGAUACUGGACCAAAAAUGCUGACUCCUUUUGUUGCUGCGAUACGUCCACCAACGAUGCACCCACCUCCAAUGAUGCCACCGGGUAUGAUGCCUCCGGGAAUGGUGCCUCCGGGUAUGAUGCCCCCCGGUAUGAUGCAGCCAGGCAUGAUGCCUCCAAGUAUGAUGUCACCUGGUAUGAUGCAGCCUAGUAUGAUGCAACCUGGAAUGAUGCAACCGGGUAUGAUGCAGCCCGGCAUGAUGCAACCUGGCAUGAUGCAACCUGGCAUGAUGCCUCCCGGUAUGAUGCCUCCGGGAAUGAUGCAGCCUGGAAUGAUGCAGCCGGGUAUGAUGCAACCUGGCAUGAUGCAGCCUGGUAUGAUGGGCAUGCCUCCUGGAAUGAUGCCUCCGGGAGUACAGCCACCAGGUAUGAUGCCGCCUGGAAUGGGAGCUGCCAGGCCUCCGAAACCUCCAGAUGGGGAAGUGAAAGAAGAAAAACCGAAGGAAGUACCGAAAGAGGAAAUGAUUUUAGAUAAGCUGUCACAAAUCCAAGACUUGCUGGCUAAAAACGUUACGGAGGCCGCCGAGAAUGCUCGAAAAUUCAGAGAUGAGAUAACGGCAGCCACCAAGUCUGCCAAAGAAGAACUCUUAGUAGCGGCUCAACCAGUGUUAUCGGCUGCAAAAUCGUUCGAAACUUUAGCGGCUGAGAUACGAAUCGAGCCUAUCCCACCUAAAGAGGAGCCGAAAGAAUCCAAGAAAUCCAAGAGAAAAGACUCGCUUAGUGAAUCGGAGUCAUCUGAAUCCUGCGACAGACCGCGCAGAAGGAGAUCUUCAGAUGACUCACCUCGUGAUUCGCGAAACAGGCGACGAUCUUCUGACGAUUCUGCACGUGAAUCACGACGGGAGCCGCGCAGGAAGCGUUCAUCGGACGACUUUCCAAGGGACUCGCGUCGAGAACGCAGGAGUCCUCCGAAGAGGAGAGACGGUCCUGGCAGAGACAGAUCGCCUCCGAAAGGCAGGGGACCUUUUGAUGACGACGACUAUCGCAGACCAGUCAGGGAACGCAUCAAUGUCACAAGCAUAAUUGAAGACACUUACUCCGAUAAGAGAGCCGAUUUUCUCGGCCGUGAUAGAGACUCGGACAUGUAUUUUAUCGACGAAGAGGACCCAGAAUUGGCACAGAGGCGCAGAGCCUUUCAAGUUGCGCGGAAUCACGCAUUAUGGGCUCACCCAAGACAACCACAGCAGUAUCAACAGCAGCAGUACCAGCCGCAACAGUAUCAGCAGCAGCAGCAGUACCAACAACAGCAACAAUACAUGCAACAGUAUACCCAACAGUACCGUCAGCAAUAUCCGCAACAAUACCCUCAGCCCUGUCACCCGCCAUAUCCACCAUCACAGUUCCAGCUGCAGAGGCCUCCGCCUGUGGUGAUGCGUCUUGCUAGUCCCCAUGUCAGCGAAGGCGGUGAGCCCAUAGGAGUAGUUCACAGGACCCAACGGUUUGAAUACGAAGGUGCAACUGCCAAUCAACUUUACGAAUGGAAGUCAGAAGGUCACACCGAGAUAUCCGCAGAGGUAGGGCAUCCGCAACAGUGGUCACCACUGGCCGCUUUCGGGGCUCGGCCGCCGGCUCCAGCAGCAGCUCUACCAGCUGCACCAUUGCAACCAGCUGUGGCUAAACAGUCUCGCUCGGCCUGCGAUGUACCGGCGCUGCAAGCAUCCGAAGACGACAAGCAGACAUCACCCAGCUUUGCUGUCCGGAUAAACCGAGACAUAGACGACCUGAAGAUUCCCGGUGACAAAAAGAAAGAGGUAGAGAUCAAGAUAACCGAGCAAGUUAUCAUUUCGAUGAAGGACGAUGCAACCAAAGCUAAGGCAACUACAGUGACGAAUGCUGAAAAAGAACCUUCUAAGGUGUUGUCCAGUCCGCCAAGCCAUCUGGCCGUUCAUCCAGUGAAAGACGUGAUACAAAUUCGUCAGGCAAGUUCCACUACAGUAGGCGACAUACCUCAAAUUAUUGAAGUACGUCAGAUGAGUCACAUUGAUGUGCAUGUAUCUACGAGUUCGGAGUUGAGUGAUCUGACGCAGCCACCAGUACCGAUGGCUGAAUCACCGCCCAGAGUAGGGCACGAACGAAGGUUUGAUCGACCUCCGAGUCGAGGUCGGUCACAAGGCCCUCCGAUGUCAUCAGCCUCUCCAUGUCUCAGCCCGGCGACUAGUCCCUGCCAGCCUGCAAGGUCGUUCUUUGGAUGGCUCAAACGAACCUGUUCUCCAGAUCCAGUCCUUUCAUCAUCAUCAUCCUCGACAUCGUCAUCUUGUUCCACAUGUUGUCGUCGUGAAGCCGAAGCGGCAGCUCGAGUGGUUGAGAUAAACAUUAACGACAUCGUACAAGAGCCACCGCCUCCACCGCCUUCACCGCCUCCGCCACCUGACCCCAAAAUGCAGAAACUUGUGAAACUCGAGAAGCUAAUGAAAGAUAAAAUGCGCGGUUUUCCCGAACUUCGGCACAUGCUGAAAGAAGCCGACUUAUACGAUAGGUCAGCCUCCGAGAGAGAGGCUGCGACGGCCGUCGCUGCGGCGGUGCCAGUAGCGGAGGCACACGAGGGACUUCGCAAGUUGCUCACUUUAGAGACGGAUCUCCAACAGCAGCGCGCAAAGGUGCACGGUCCACUGAAAGAACCCAUGGAAAGUAAACCCGCAGUGGAAGAUUGUCGCAACAAGAUGAACACAAUCGCAGACGCUGACCGGUUGCUCUUGGACCGAUUCUUCGCCCGCGAUACCUACCGCAAGGAUGGUCAGAGAAACCUCAGGGACUUCGCUGUCGAGAUACGUCCCGGUUCUGAGGAAGCACUCCUGGAGCGUCUUCUGGCGCUAGAUGCCCUGAGGAACCCAGCCAAGAAGCCCUCUAUGCACGAAGUCGCCGUCGAGUGUGUCGUCACGUCGGUUAUAGAGUCUUCGCACGGCGGUGACCAGCCAGCGGACAAACCGCCAGAUGAAGACAGCUCCGAGGAAGAGGUAAAAGAAAAGCCACCUAUCAAGAAAUGGAAAGGGCGAGCGCGUCGGUCGCCAACAACGUCCAAGCCGCCUCAGAAGCGGGAACCGUCGCGGCAGGAGGAGAGAGAAAAUUCAAAAGGAUCGAACGGAAGCUCGUCUGAAGAUCCCAACAAUAUAGGAGAGCUGUUUCUCAUCGAGAGCCGGAAAAGUAAGAACGGAGGUCUUCAGAUACUGCUUUCCACGAACAAGAAAGAAAUCGCACGAAGAGCAGCUGGGUCCAGCGACGACGACGAUGAUGACGAGGAGGGGGAAGAAGAGGAAGAAGAGCCUGAGGCACCUGACAAGCGGAAACGUGGCGGUCGAUCUUCGGACCGUUUGCCCGAGCGAGUUCCAGCAAGGCCUCCCGACCGACAGCUCAGUAGGCCUUCAAGCAGGAUUCGCACAAAAGUCAUGGCCAAGGCGGCCCUUAAGGCUCCUCCGAGCCCGUCUCCCACACGAUCGCCGCGAAAGGUCGCCCCGAAAAUUCCCAACCAAUCACCCAUCGAAACACCGACCAAGCAGUCCAGCAAGCAGUCCAACAAGCAGCUCACCAAUGUCACGACCCGGGUUACGAACCGGACUCCCACGAAAGCGCUGCCGAGAGGCGCUUCGCCCGACAAAGACUUCGCUUUCAACGUCAGCCCUAAACCCGGUGCGGUCUCCAAGGAGCAGAAGGAACCGAAGCCUGCACGGAAACCCAAGAUGGCCUCUUCCAAAUUAGUGAUGAAACAUCGUGUGUCGGAAUCGGAAAGUUCAAGCCAGAUAAGCUCGAGUGUGACGCACUUGCGUUAUUCGCCAGGUCCGACGUCAUCGCCCGGUCCGGUGGUAGAGUCAGACAGUGAGCUAAGCCUUAGCAUUACUAAGCUGGAGGACCUUGGUCAGCCGCGAGGUCCACGGAGGCGGGACAAUACGUCACCAAGCCGUACGACUAAGUCGCCGAUCCGAGCUUCAACUCGAAAUUCCACCAGGAUCUCUGCACGAGCUUCGACGAGGGCAUCUACACGAGGACGUAGCACGAGCGCGCCAACUUCACCGGCCCCCCGCACUCCAUCUCCAGUUCGACCAUGUCGACGAACACCGCCUCCACGACCUGGAGGUCCAGCCCGUAGUCCUCAAGUUCGACCGCAUGGCAUAAGGCGUCCAGCUGAGGAAAUUGUAGAUACGAUGGCCUUUGUGACCACAGCAAAGUUGGAGCAUCCCCCAUUACAGAUUCCGUGGAGGCCACCGACGCCGUGCAAACACCGCUUUCAGGAAACAAAGUCCCUCUUGAGUUCACUGACGCCCCACAUCCAACCGUAUAGCGGCGACACGAUGGCGUUCCCGACGCUGAACGGUUACGAAUCUCCCUUCUCAACGUCGCAGAACCUUUACCAACAACAAGAUGACCAACUUUUUUCGUCGCGAGCUGAACUUCACCGAAGACACCAAGAGCAUCAACAACAACUCCAGCAGCAGCAGCAGCUCCAGCAAAGACAUCUCCAACACCUGCAGCAUCUACAACAUCAGCUGCACAUGCAACGCCCGCAGAGUACACUAAGUCAGAGUCAGAGACACCAGCAGCAUAUCCUAGAGCGUCACCACGCGCUGCACCACAUGCAGUCUAGAACGUCAAGACUCAUGCCUACGAGGCAUCAUCUUCACAGUAAUCAAGGAUGGGGUCGCGACGACAACGCUGACGCGGUGCCUAUAAAACGCCCCUACGCAAAUACUGUGUCCAUUGAAUAUGGGAUCUCUGGAACGGCCCCUGCGGAAUAUUCAGCGCCUACUGAAACGGCACCACCUGCGGAAAAUACGUCCAGUACCGGCGUACAAGGAAGUGUGGGCUACUUCACAACCCCUGAGGCGCCUUCAAACGAGGAACCCGAUCAACCAGCAGUCGAGAAUGACCACGUUCCUGCCGUGGAGUCUCCACCAGAGGCCGACAUACGAUCGCCAGAGAGCAGCUCUGGUGGUCGGUCCAGCAGCAAAAGCACCUACAGAACACCUGGUGAAAAAACGAGCAUGGAAUCAAGACCAGGAGUAACGGCUGUUCCUCCGCGCGAGUCCCGUUAUAAGCGAAUCUUAGAAAAUCAACUUCGGCGCAAUCAGCGAGAAGUGGCCGUUUACUUCGUCGUGCUUAUGGCCGCUCUCGUCGGCUUACUGGCCGUCGUUGAUCUCUUGGCACGCCGGUCGCAAAACGUCGGAGCUCAGAGCGUGUCGCCCAUGUCCGUGAUCGCGGCUAUGGGUCGAAAGGGUUCGACUGUACGAAUGACUCCGACUCGUGUCUCGACGCAUGCCUUAAACUGGACCGUGUCACCGUGCCGCGAUUUUUACAGCUUCGUUUGCACUUCGCCGACAACGCACCUACGCGCAGACACGGACGCAACAGUGAGGAUUGAGAGCGCGCUCCUGAAAUUCUUACAUUCCCCGGGCGGAGCUCAAGUUGAACCGCUUCGUCGGUUGUUCAAAGAGUGUCUUCGGGGCAACGAUGCCGUUCCGUUCAAACAACUCCUGAGCAGCGCAUCUCUGGAAGGAUGGCCCUUCCGAAGCACGACGCAACCACCUCCGGCUCUCGUAUGGGAUGCAGCCGCUCAGCUGAUACGCCUCGCGGGACUCCCCGCUUUGAUUGCUCUCGCAAUACGAGAGCAUCCCACUCGCCGACGCAAAUUUAUAGUCUCUUUCGAAGCUCCCGACCUUCUAAUCAACACUAGCGAUGCGGCCCACAAUUGGACAGUUUUAUGGCACAGCCGUACAGCGGCGGCUGCUCUCGCAUCGCUGGGGAAGUCGGAUGCCGAGCGCUCGGCGCGCGAGGUCACCAACCUUGAAAGGAAGUUGGCCGUUAUCUCCGCGGACGGUUCAUCCUCAUCCCGGAAAGCGAGGGUGGAACGUCUUCGCACUCUCUUCCGUUACACGCGCUUUGUGUCGCACGUCCUUCAGCGUCUCGUACGUGUCACAGACGAUACCGAAGUUCUUGUGCUUGAUCCUGGACUGCCCCAGAAGCUGCUCUAUUUGUUGGAUGAGACGCCUCCGCACGUGAUACUUAAUUACCUCGGCUUCCGGCUCCUGGUACACCUCUCGCCCUUCCUUGGCAGCGCGGCACCGGAAGAGCUGUCCAAGGUCCUGGGACGUCACCUAGCGCGCCACCGAAAUGUUGCCCAAGAUCGCGAGCACAUAUGUCUUCGUUUAACCGGUUCCGCACUGCCGGGAUUACAACUUGCGGCUUUAUAUCAAGCUAUGAAGGAGGUCUUGGACGACUCAUUGCGAGGCGACAUUAGCGCUGCGAUCACUCAGCAAUUGGAGUCGCGCCUUCAGAAUCCGGGACUCCUAGAUUCGGCCACUCGUGCAGCCCUUUUGAAACGGUUGCGUAGGUUACGGCUUCGGGCUUUUCUUCCAGACUGGGUACGGGAUCGUCGAGCCGUCGCAGCGCACGCUCGUUCCUUAACCUCCAGUACGACAGAACCCGUAGGGCUGGCUGCCUUUGUGCAGCUGAGUACGCAGAUGCUGUCUCUCGGACUGCGCCAGAGCGUAUCUCCAGACGCAAAGUGGCUGGGUUCUCCGUUGGAUUCGAGUUGUUCUCGAGACCAGCACACCGUGUUCUUACCGGCGUCGUUUGCUAUUGGGUCUCGGGCGAGGAUGGCGUCUCGAGCUUCUGCGUGCGUCGUAGACUUGCUCCUGGAAGACGUCGCUGCGGCAUCGUUUCGCGAAUGCUUUCCGAGCCAGGACGUGUCACUGCAGCGCCGUCUGCUGAGCGAUGCGGCGGCUCUUCCAGUUGCUUUUCAGCUCUUUCAGCGAUUGCGUACCCCUGGGGCAGUGUUUACAAAGCCGACGCCAGAACAGUUGUUUUUCAUUCAUUUUGCGACAGACAUGUGCGAUACUAAGGCACGCGUAAAUGUACCGCUAAGCAGCUCUCCUGAAUUCCAUCGGGCGUACAAGUGCAACACGGGGGAGGCCAUGAUGCCGGUCAAGCAGUGUGCUGUCUGGACCACAUGAAUAAAAGUAUAUGUAGUUGGGUA